AAAUUCACUCACACUCUUCAAGCAAAAGCGCAGCCAAACGAGAGGAAAAUGGAUGAAUACGCGCAGCAUUUUUAGGUAUGGCUGCCGGGCGCGAUCGCUAGGCCGGCGCUGGAGGAGAUUUGCGCAGCGGGAGCGAAUCGAUCGGAGCGGCAGCUACUCCGAUUGGUUGCGCGGUCCAAGUUCGCGGCGCUGGCCAGGAAUUCCAGGUUAGGGUUUGGAGAUCGGGAGCUCAGCGGUUCUAGAUGCACAUGUUGAGGGGAUCCGGCCGUGGAAAAUGGGAGGUUUGUGCUCGAAGACUGUGCCCGAGGAUUCCAGUGGCUCAUCAGAGGGUACCAGGCCAAACUUUAAGCGGCAGCUCUCAAAGCCUUCGCAGCAACCAAAUGGAGUGAAUGGGAUCUAUGCGGCAGGGAAGGCUCCCGCUCCCGAUCCCUCUACCUCGGUCGACAAAGUUGCUAGCUCCUCGCCAGAGACGGAUGAUACCAAGGACGAUGAGGAGGACAAGAGCGAACGGAUCAAAUUGUCCAGAGUACUUUCUCACAAGGCUCGGAAUGCGAAGUCGAUCCUUGGGAGAGCUGGGACAGCUGGCCUGGACAAGGCGGUGGUGAUGCUGGAUACGUUUGGGAGCAGCAUCACAACCACGAUUGGGAGUGGCUUUGCUGCUGGAGUGGCACCCAAGGGGAACAAGAUUGGAAUUCUAGCGUUCGAGGUUGCAAACACCGUGGUCAAAGGAUAUAGUUUGAAGCAGUCUUUGUCAGAGGAAAGCCUCCAGCUGCUCAAGAAGGAAAUUCUUCCCUCUGAAGGGGUCCAGCGGCUCGUGUCUAAAGAUCUCGAUGAGCUCUGGCGAAUUGCUGCCUCUGAUAAAAGGCAUGAGCUCAAAGUGUUCGCUAGUGAGGUUGUUCGUUUUGGAAACCACUGCCGAGCACCGGAGUGGCAUCAACUCGAUCGUCUAAUCAACAGACUGGGAACGGAAGUACAAAUUCCCAGGCAGUCACCGGAGCACGCAGAGCAAGAAAUGCAAGAGCUUAUGACUCUAGCACAGAACACAGCAGAGCUAUACCAUGAACUCCAUGCGUUGGAUAGAUACGACAACGACGUUCGGCGGAAGAUCGAAGAAAACGAGUUGUCUUCUAAUCCUCACAAAGGGGAGAGCUUAGCAAUGCUAAAAAGUGAUUUUAAAUGCCAGCAAAAGCACGUAAAGCUAUUGCAGAAAAAGUCCCUCUGGUCAAAAAUCAUGGAAGAGCUAAUGGAGAAACUGCUAGAUAUAGUGUAUUUUCUUCAUCAACAAAUCGCUGAUGCAUUUGGCGAGUAUGAUGAAGAGCAAUCGAUGAAGCUUUCAAGCGUUCCGAGAUUGGGAGCUCUUGGCCUGGCCUUACAUUAUGCUAAUAUAAUAAACCAAAUCGACACUCUGGUCUCCCGACCAAGUUCUAUUCCUCCAAACACGCGCGAUAAUCUGUAUCAAGGUCUUCCUCCUUCUAUCAAAAUGUCCUUGAGAAGUGCCCUCUACGCGGCUGCUAACUCAAACAAAGAAGAGCUCACAGCGUCCCAGAUCAAAGAAGAAAUGGAAAAAAUACUGGUAUGGAUGGUACCAAUCGCAUCGAACACAACAAAAGCGCACCAUGGAUUCGGGUGGGUUGGAGAAUGGGCUAGUGCUGGAUCUUCCAUCGAUCGGAAACCAUACGUCCAGGAAAUCAGCUUGAUCCAAACACUUCAUCACGCGGAUCAAGAAGUGACCGAGAAGUAUAUAUUAGACCUCCUGGUUUGGCUGAACCUCCUGAUAAGCCGAGCCAAGAGUAACCUCAACGGCCAUAACAGGUCCCCGCACAAGUCUCCCUUCCGCUCGCCAGUGAAGAAGACGAUUGUGCUGAAUCCAUCGCCGCCGCCAGCAACGAGCUCCCGCGAGCUGUCCAAGGAGGACCAAGAGAUGCUAACCGGAGCAGUGCUGAGGAGGCUGACACCGGGCAUAAGCAAGAGCCAGGAGUUCACGAAGAAGCCGAAGGUUCUGAGCACGAGACUGAGCAAGAGUCACAGCCAUUCUCCGCUACCAUGCACGGUUAAGCCCGAGACUUCGACUCCAUUCACUUCCAGGCGAUCACUCCGCCCGCUGGAGCUGGAACUCGAGAGGAUCAGAGCUCUGGACAAGAUUGACAGGGUCGACACUCUUACAGGAGCUCCCGCCGCUGCUACUGCUUGAGUCGAGAGGAAGCUAAUCGGACAAGGAGAAGCUCGAAAAGCUCGAAACCUCGCAACCUCGAAAGCUUGAAAGCUCUUAAAAGCUCGCAACCUCGGGAAGUCUUCACAGGAGGUAAGAAAAGAAAAGAAGAGAGAGAGAGAGAGAGAGAGAGAGAGAGAUCGUGUAAGGCGAGGCAAGGAAGAGAGUAAGUAGAAGAAAAGAACUACAUAGUAAAGAAACGUGGACUGGCAAUGGUGUAUAUUAUGUCGAAAGUUUUGCAUAACGAUAGAUUCAAAUCAAAGUUCUAUGGUCCAA